CCUUCAUAACAUACAAUGGCUGGUGCUGGGAUCAUGGAUUUGGUGGCUGGCAAGCCAGUGGUGAUCUUCAGCAAGAGCUCUUGCUGCAUGAGCCACACUGUCGAGUCACUCAUUCGUAACUUCGGGGCAAACCCUAUUGUUUACAAGCUCGAUCAGGUUUCAAAUGGACGGCAAAUCGAACGGGCGCUGUUGCAGUUGCCAGGAUGUCAACAAAGCACGCCAGCUGUGUUCAUAGGGCAGCAGUUCAUUGGUGGCAACAAAGAGGUCAACAGCCUCCACCUGAGGAAUGAGCUUGUCCCAUUACUCAUAAGUGCCAGAGCCAUAUGGAUUUAGAAUGGUGGCCGGAACUGAUUUCUGCAUGCAUCGUGCUAAUGCUAAUUAAGCAGCUACAAUAAGUGGUGUUUUUGAAAUCAUAAAGUUUUUGAUAAAUGGUAG